AUACUUGAUCUCUUAGAAAUAAUUUUAAAGUUAAGGGACUUUCCUAGAUCCGCCCUUGUCAAGCUAGAAUCUAGAUAGCGUAUAGAAUUAAGUCCCUUAAUUAUAGCCAUUGUCAUAUGCAUUUGGGUAGACAAGGCAAGAGACUUGGGAGAGAGGUGCUGCAAUAUCUAUAUAGGAAAGAGGCUCACUGCUUGGGACCCUAUAUACAGACACAGUCCUCUGAUCUCCGUCCUCAGCCAACCUGCAGACUGGAAAAGGAUAAAUUUAUUGCAAGUGCUUCAAACAUGGGAGAGGACAAGGCAAGUACUCCAAACAAGGGAAAAGAUAUUUAUGUGGGAAGUGCUUCAGGCAUUGAGAUGGCUACAAAUCCCGAUUAUUAUCAAAAUAGAGAGAGAGAGAAAGCUACAGAUAUUUUGGCAAAGCUGGAUUCUGAGGUGAAACAGAUGUCCUUUAAACGGAACGGUUCCGAGUGCUGCAUCUACAGGGUGCCCGAACCGCUUCGAAACGUAAAUUUGAAAGCCUACUCUCCACUACUGAUUUCAAUAGGUCCUCUUAACCGCCAAAAUAUAAGACUAGAGGCCAUGGAAAAGGAGAAACUGAAAUAUUUCAAAAAGCUUACUGAACGGGAUGGGAUGGAUAAGAAGAAAAUUAUUGAUAUUUUGAUCAGCAUUGAGAACCAAGAAGAGCGUCUCCGACACUGUUAUUCAGAGAAAUUCAAUUUAAUCAAGAGCCGUGAUUUCGUAAAGAUGAUCCUGCUGGAUGCUGUCUUCAUCAUUCAGUUUUUGUUGGAGUCAAAGGAUCAUGAUAACGAUCCUAAGAAUUUUGAGCCCAGGAUGACAUUUGACAUCCGAGAAGACUUGAUGCUACUUGAAAACCAACUGCCAUUCUUCAUUAUUCAGGAAAUAUAUGACCAGGUCAAUCCCCCUAGCCAGGAUGGUACAACCAUUCCUUUUCUUGAUCUUGCAAAGUGUCAUUUUGGAAAGCACAAGUUUUCACAGGGGGCAGAAACCAGCCCGAGUGUAAAGGGAAGCAGGCAUUUCACUGAUUUACUAAGGAAUUUGAUGUUGAAUGGAGCCAUUCAGCGAAGUUAUAUUUUUUAUCCUAUCAAGCUGAAAUAUAGUGCGGUCAUGCUUCGCAAGGCAGGAGUGAAGUUUCAGGUCACCCAAGACAAAUGUUUGGUCAACAUAACAUUUGAGAAAGGAGUGUUGAAAAUUCCACAGUUGGAAGUUGAUCACAGCUUCGAACGUCUUGUACGAAAUAUCAUGGCCUUGGAGCAGUGCUGCAACCCGCGUGAAGCUUACGUAUGCAGCUACAUUAAGUUUUUGGACCAUCUUAUCGACAGUGCAGAAGACGUGGGUUUGCUAGUCCGAAAGGGAAUCAUUCUCCACGGGCUAGGCGACGAUGCCGCAGUUUCAAAUAUAAUUAACCAUUUUUGCAAAAAUAUUGGUGACAAUUAUACUUGUUUUGGUGAUAUCUCUAGAAAUAUAAGUCGCCACUAUGAGAACCGCUUUAACCAUACGAAGGCAACCUUGAAACUUAUAUAUUUCCCCAAUAUUUGGAGAGGUACGGCAACUGUUGCAGCAGCUAUCCUGCUGAUCCUCACUUUCAUACAGACUAUAGCUUCCGUAAAAUGGGCAUUCUAGGAUUUUAUCUUGUUUAGCUUUAUUAUUCCUACGUAAUGAUGAAUUGGAUUAUUAUUGUUAAAAUUUGGGUUUGUGUAGUUCUGAACUAAUAAUAUUGUAAUGGAGUUUGCACUUCAUAAGUUGUCGGAACAUCAAAACAUAAUUCUGAUUAACUAUUACAAAUAAAAUAAUAUUGUGAUUUUGAA